CAACCGCCAUUAAACACCAGAAGAAGAAGAAGAAGAAGAAGACUCCAGGGGCCGCUGUUGCUUCUCUACAUCUUAACAAUAGCAACGAAGAAGGACGUAGAUCUGGCAACAUGGCGACUCCCAUGCACAGAAUAAUUGCGAGGAGACAAGCGGAGGCAAACAAACAACAUGUGCGAUGCCAGAAGUGCCUUGAGAUGGGCCACUGGACGUAUGAAUGCACCGGGAAACGAAAGUAUUUGCACAGACCAUCAAGAACAGUUGAAAUGAAGAAAAAGCUGAAGGAAAAUGAAAACAAAUCUCUCAGCAUCACAGGACCAGGAGAAAGCUCCAGUGAAAAGAAAAGCAAAAAGAAGGCAAAAGACUCGAGCGACGACAGCAGCAACGACUCAGACGAUUCAUCCAGCGACUCAUCGUCAGACAGCAGCGACUCCUCCAGCUCCUCUUCAGAGGACAGCGACAGCUCUUCCUCCUCUUCCUCCUCCUCCUCCCUGUCCUCAGACAGCUCAGACUCGGGAAGCACCAGCGAUUCAGAUGAAGGACCUCCAAAGAAGAAGAAAAAGAAAAAAUAGGCAUGCUGGGAAUUACGGUGGGCUUUCUUGAUGUUGCUCGAUGUCUCAAAUAAAUGCUGUUUUUUUUUUAAAGGGCAAUCACAGCUGGUUUAAACUGAGCUUAUGACCGCUGUACAGGUGUGUUGUUAAGGAGGGCAUGUGUUUUUAGCUGUGUUUUCUUCUGUGUUUUAAACUCCUCUCCACAGAUCCUUCUGCAUAUGUGACAUUUUGUAAUGUUUGUAUUUCUAGCAAGAAAACAAACUUCAAAACCUGUUAGGAGAAACAAAGGUAUUUGAGUUAAGUCUUUGGAUUUUAGAUCUCAACCAUGUUUUUAGUUGAGCCGGAUCUGUACAGGUAAACAUGAGCAAAUCUCCAUCUGAUUGAAUAAAUUGUUAAGAUUGUAAAGUAUGCAGAACAAAAUAGAAAUUCAUGUUGUAAAAUAAUCUUGUCUUACUAAUAAAUAAAUUUGGCUUGGU